AUGAAAGGAGGCUCCGCAACCAUGUCGAUGACUAGUCUGAGCACUAAGUCUCGACGGCCGGAAGACAUUAUUAUGGAGGGUUGGCUUCACAAAAAAGGAGAACAUAUCAGAAACUGGAGGCCAAGAUACUUCAUCCUCUUCAACGAUGGCGCUUUGUUGGGGUUCAAAACGCAACCCAAGUUGGGUCAACCUUUCCCAGAACCAUUGAACGAUUUCAUGGUCAAGGAUGCACAGGCCAUCCGCUACGAGAAGCCACGGCCAAAUAUGUUUAUGAUCCGGGUUUUACAAUGGACUACGGUUAUUGAACGCACAUUCUAUGCGGACAAUGCAGAGUUACGUGAGAGAUGGAUAGCUGCGAUUGAGCUCAUCGCCAACAGGUACAGGCAACACAUGAGUGAAGAACCGCAGUCAGCCCAAGAAGAGAUGAUGGAGGUGGUCAGCCAGGCAUCCAUGGACGAUUUAUCCGGACAGUAUGCUGCUGCCGCGCAUGCGAUUAUGGGACAGCCGUCAGUUCCUGCAAACUCUUCAGCAAACGCAUUAGCAAGAACGGAAAUGAUGAGUAUAGCAGAUACCAGCGAUGCUGCAAAAAGAGAUAAGAUUACCAUGGAUGACUUUGAGUUCCUCAAAGUGCUCGGCAAAGGUACGUUCGGGAAAGUUAUCUUGUGUAAGGAGAAACGUACUUCGAAGUUAUAUGCGAUCAAGAUUCUCAAAAAAGAAGUUAUCAUUGCGAGAGAAGAAGUCGCUCACACCCUCACAGAGAAUCGCGUUCUACAACGAUGUAAGCAUCCUUUCCUCACGCAGCUGACGUAUAGUUUCCAAACAAUACAUCACCUGUGUUUCGUGAUGGAAUUUGCCAACGGCGGCGAGUUGUUCACGCACCUACAGAAGAGUGGAACGUUCAGCGAGUCGCGAUCGCGAUUCUAUGGUGCCGAAAUAGUGCUUGCACUUGGAUAUCUACAUAGUCUCUCAAUUGUUUACCGAGAUAUGAAGGAGCUGAAGUACUCGUUUCAAACCGCUGAUCGUCUCUGCUUUGUGAUGGAAUUCGCAAUUGGCGGCGAUCUGUACUACCAUCUGAACAGAGAAGUGCAAAUCUCAAAGGAAGGCUUCUCGGAGCCUCGAGCUCGAUUUUAUGGAGCUGAGAUUGUUCUGGCACUUGGCUACCUUCAUGCCAACAACAUCGUCUAUCGUGAUCUCAAGCUCGAAAAUCUGCUUCUCGACAAGGAUGGUCAUAUAAAAAUAGCUGAUUUUGGUUUGUGUAAGGAGGAAAUCAGCUUUGGUGACAAAACAAGCACAUUCUGCGGGACUCCGGAAUACUUAGCACCCGAGGUGCUCGAAGACAAUGAUUAUGGGCGCAGUGUAGAUUGGUGGGGAGUUGGCGUCGUCAUGUACGAAAUGAUGUGUGGUCGACUACCGUUCUACUCACGAGAUCACCAAAAACUGUUCGAACUGAUCAUGGCUUCCGAACUACGUUUCCCAAGCAAGCUCAGUGCUGAAGCGAAACAGUUGCUUACCGGAUUGCUUUUCAAGGAUCCUACACAACGGUUGGGAGGUGGCCCUGAUGAUGCACUUGAAGUCUGUCAACAACCGUUUUUCAAACCGAUUGACUGGGAGAAAUUGUAUAGAAAAGAGAUUGAGCCUCCUUACAAACCAUCCGUCCAAAGUGAAACCGACACAAGUUAUUUUGAUAAGGAAUUUACUUCUGCGCCAGUUCAACUCACGCCUCCUCCAGUACGAUCUGGUCCUCUAGCCACCGUAGACGAAUUGGACGAAAUGCAAUCAAAUUUCACGCAAUUCUCGUUCCACAAUACUGUAUGUGGCAACUAUGUGCUUGAUAGCAGCUUGAGAGAAGCGAGCGAAAUGAUGGAGUGAUCUACAGUACUUUCACGUGUUUGUGAUAUUCUAUUCAAAUGCACAUGACAAAGUGCGCCUACGUCCAAGUACUAACGUACGUCGCUACAGUCAAGCCUUCCGCUAUUCUGAAAAGGAAGGGACUCGUCUUUUAACAUAAGCAUUCCACUGAGAAAUUUUAUUCUUGAACUUCACAAUUCAUAGCGCAAAAAUGUUUUGACAUCUUAGUUGCUAAUCUGGUGAAACUUACCGAAUUUUUUUUUUUGCGACCGUUUGUUGAAUUUUUUUCGAGCGCUUUUUAUCUUUGUUAUAAUUGCUCACUCAAAUUGUUUUCUGAUUUUUUGAUCAGAUCUGUUUCAGAGAGAAAGCUUAAUUUGAUGCUUUUUGCUAAUUUUUUUUGCAGUUUUCAUCGUGAAGGAAGGGCUGAGAAAGCCUUAUAGAUUGUACACAGCGUAGAGUUUAGUUAGUGCAACCUUGAAGAGGUCUUUUUAACACUCUAAAAUUUAUUUAAUUUUAGACGAGGAUUUUGUAUACACUAACACACUCAUUUGAUUGAUUUUUGAUUCAUUUCCGUAUUUUGUCUGGUGUAUUUUGUAAUUCCUGCGUCAGCUAUAAAAUCUGCUACCCCCAACAGAUUUUAUUUUCCUUAUCGCAGUAGAAAUGCCCAAAUAGGAAAGAAGCAUGGCUAGUAGUUUACGUAGCGAGACUUACUGUCAAUUUCUAGCUCCGAGAUGGCGAAUCAAUAAAACUCUUUUUUUCACUUACGGUAGACCAUUAAUUUCCGAAACUUCGUGUUCCUUUUCUUUCGAACUUGUGAUCGAUUCGACGUAGUAUGUCUAGAACUUU